GACACACUGAAUUCCUGCUACUCCGUCCCAAGCCCAUACAAGGCCUCCUACCAAGUCUGAUGGCGCCCUGAGUCACCUUGAGAAUACCGACUGCCAGCAGGUCAGGCAUUCUACCCUCCAUCGCCGAUUGCUCUCGCGCCUUCUCCCUUUCUCCGACCACCCCAAGUACUUCCUCUAGUUUUCCUCGUGUUCCGUGCUGCCGGUCAGAUCCCCGCGGUCAGCCGGCCGAUCAAUUCGCCGGUCGGCUGAAUGAUGGCGGCGCGACCGUCAGAUUUCGUCAGCAGACCCCAUGCGUUCGCGUUCGCGCUUGUUUGCGUCGUUGCGUUCUCGUGUGCCUCGCGUCGCGUGGCCGCGCAGCCCAUGUGCUUCACGGAGCGACCCGUGGUGCAGAAGAUUAACAAGCUGUACCAGGAGAACUUCGGCUUCGGCGGGUUGGUGCACGUGACGCUGUCGGGUGCGGUGCACCACGGCAACAAGGGCGUGGAGGUGUGGCUGCAGACGUUCGCCCCGGGCUACGCCACCAACGUGCGCAGCCAGGAGCAGGACACAGUGGUGGUGGUGCUGAGAGGGGAGGGCGCCCUUCGCUUCCGCCCCAACCACACGGAUCACGUGUCCCCUGCUCCCUUUGAGUCCACACCCUUUCGGGCCAACUCCACCGUCAUCAUUCCCAGAAACACUGUUCACCAGCUGGUGAACAGCAGCAAGAAGCGCCUCCAAUUCCUCCACAUAUUCGGCAAGCCGCCCAUCCGCUUCCGGGAGUUUGCAUCAUGGGAGGAGGCGCAGGGCAAGAAGGUGUUCCCGGGGCCCUUCGACCGCAAGUGCCUCCCCGGCAGCUUCUUUGGCGGGCACAGGGCGUCUCCAAGCCAGGAUAUGUGAGAGCAGGGAGGAGCUUUGCCCCCGUAGCCUGGCAAACCAGGAGCUUGUGAGGGAUUUUGCGGCGUGGGAGGAGACCCAGGAAAAGGAGGUGUUUCCAGGGCCCUCCCUGGCGGCGUCUUGUCUAUGGCGGGCACAUGCGAUUGCGCCGCCAGGGUAUGUGAGGGCAGGGGGAGAGGUGAGGGCAUUGGGAGGAGAUGUCUGUGUAACCUAGGCGGCAACCCAUUGGAGGGAGUUUGCUCCGUGGGUGGGAGGAGGCCCAGGGGAGGAAGUUUUUCCCAGGCCCCUCUGUUUGACUGCAAGUGCCUCCCCGUUUGCUUCUUUAGUGGGCAUACGGCCGUGCCAAGCCAGGAUGUGUGAGCAGAGCACAGUUUUGUUGGGUUGACGAGAACAUACGGUAAAAGCGAAACAAACUCUACCAGUACAAUAAUACAGUUUGCACCUUAUUGCUAUAAUGUGCUAUUCCUGUUAUUCUUCAAGAUCUGUUACAGCAUCUGGGGGUUGUAGUAGCUGUAACUUGUGUGUCCAUCUGAAUAGAAAUACUGAUAGAGA